GUGAUGGGCGGGAUGUGUUUGGUAGAAGUGUAUAAAAUAUACACAUUAAUGGAGCAACGACAACUGCAUACUCACCCACUAUUCGAGAACGCGAGGAGCUGGGGUCGUCAAGAGCGCGAUCAAUUUGGUGUAGUCAAUCGCAUGAACGUAGCUUUUCGAGAUGAUGACGAUGAUAUAGAAAGUGUGCGUCGCCCUACAGGCAGUACACGAUUCCAAGGUGGUCAAGGUCAAACGGGUCCUUCAGCAUUGCCGACGGCCCCUCCAGUUGUUCCUGUCACUGAGAAUCAGCCACAACCUGCCCCUACAGCGCCUCGAGAUAAUGCAGCAUUCUUAGACCGACUGGAUGCCAAUAGACAGCAACAGACCAAGACAGUUCGGCAAUUGGAAGACGAACGGUUGCAGCGAGAGCGCAGGAAUGACGACCCGUCGUGAGAGAGUUGUUCGAGAAAUCAGAAUUGGAUUAUCCAAUACCGUUUAUGUCGAUAGUGCCUUCUGAUUCCAAGUGCCCAGUGUGUCAUCGGACAUUUCCUUUACAGUGUAGGGAAACAUUUUGUAGCCGCAUUGUGCGUGCAAUCGACAUGAGAUGAGUGUACGCAAACACACUUAGUCCCCUUUGGCAUCUUUCAUCGCUGUUAAUAUUGAUAAUGACCUCGGCAACGACCCGUACCGCC